GAGUGGGUUCCUACCUGUUUGGGUGUUUUAUUUUAUUUUUUAUUUUUUCCCCAUUUCCCCUCCCCUCCCUCUGCCCGCCGUGUGCCGGGGAGGGGGGGGACGGUGGGAUUGGCAGGGUCGUUAUUCCCCAGCCUCUCCGGAGAAAACUCGGGGAAGGGAGAGCGCCUUUCACGCUCAUGGAUGCGUGGGGGGGGCCCGCGCCCCGCUGGAGCCGCCGCCGCGGGGCCCGGCUGCUGCUGCUGCUGCUGACCGUGCGGCUGGGGACCGGAGCUGAUAAACCAGAUGAUGAGGAUGAUGAGGAUCUAACGGUGAAUAAAACGUGGGUCCUUGCACCAAAGAUUCAUGGUGGGGAUGUAACUCACAUACUGGACUCCUUACUUCAAGGAUAUGACAAUAAGCUUCGACCAGAUAUUGGGGUGAGAACUACGGUAAUUGAAACAGAUGUCUAUGUUAACAGCAUUGGCCCAGUUGACCCAAUCAAUAUGGAAUACACUAUAGAUAUAAUUUUUGCCCAGACUUGGUAUGACAGUCGUCUAAAAUUUAACAGCUCAAUGAAGGUGCUUAUGCUUAAUAGCAAUAUGGUUGGAAAAAUUUGGAUUCCAGACACUUUCUUCCGGAACUCAAGAAAAUCUGAUGCUCACUGGAUUACAACUCCAAAUCGUUUGCUUCGGAUCUGGAGUGAUGGAAGAGUAUUAUACACUCUAAGGCUGACAAUUAAUGCUGAAUGUUAUCUUCAGCUUCAUAACUUUCCUAUGGAUGAACACUCUUGUCCACUGGAGUUUUCAAGCUAUGGAUAUCCCAGAAAUGAAAUUGAAUACAAAUGGAAGAAAACCUCCGUUGAAGUGGCAGAUCCAAAAUACUGGAGACUGUAUCAGUUUGCUUUUGUAGGGUUACGAAAUACAACUGAAAUUUCUCAUACCUUGUCUGGUGAUUAUAUCAUUAUGACAAUCUUCUUUGAUCUCAGCAGACGUAUGGGAUAUUUCACUAUUCAGACAUAUAUUCCUUGUAUACUCACAGUUGUUCUUUCAUGGGUAUCAUUUUGGAUCAAUAAGGAUGCAGUUCCUGCAAGGACUUCUUUGGGCAUUACAACGGUGCUGACCAUGACAACAUUGAGUACAAUUGCUAGGAAGUCACUUCCAAAGGUUUCCUACGUGACAGCAAUGGACCUUUUUGUUUCAGUUUGCUUCAUUUUUGUGUUUGCCGCCUUGAUGGAAUAUGGCACCUUGCAUUACUUUACCAGCAACAGAAAAGGGGACAAAGGAAAAGAAAAGAAGGCAAAAUCUAAGCCAUCAAAACCAUCUGCAAUUGCUGUUCGACCUGGAUCAACACUAAUUCCAAUUAAUAACAUUAAUCAUCUCCCUGAACGUGAUGAUGAUUAUGGAUAUGAGUGCCUAGAAGGGAAAGACUGUGCUAGCUUCUUUUGUUGUUUUGAAGACUGCCGCACAGGAUCUUGGAGAGAAGGAAGAAUACACAUCCGUAUUGCAAAAAUUGACUCCUACUCUCGAAUCUUCUUUCCAACUGCCUUUGCAUUGUUCAAUCUUGUUUACUGGAUUGGCUAUCUUUAUCUAUAAAUUUCAGAGGUUUGACAAACUCAGAAGAAAUAUCGUAAUUGAACAGUCAUUAACACUUUUCAGUGAGCAGUCAAAGACUAGAGCUGGCCCAAAAUGACUCAAAUUGAUUGUUCUAAAAAUUUGAAACAAUGAGAGGAAAUAUGGUGAUGUAGUCUCCCUCUUGUGAUCAAUGAUGGAACUGAAGAGAAAAUUUAAAUCUUUAAAAAUAAAUAUCCCUAACAUUUAACUUGCCUGAAUACACACAUAUUUUUGCUCAGCUCUAACAAAAUGCAGAGUCAAGAGGCUGUGUUAUUUAACUGGACAGUUCUACAUAAGCUUUCAAUUUUAAUCCUAAAUGAUAAUGAAGGUGAAUUUUGUAGCAUCUCUUACACCUUUACAAAGAAAGCCUUAAUAAAAUGGGUUUGGUUAUUUUCAUCCAUUUCAUCCAUAAGGUGAUGAUUUUUUUAUUAAUCCCUGAGUUUAAAAAGUUGAAAUGGAACAUUAUUUUUCAAUCAGCCAUUUGUUCUCUGCGGUAUGUUAAAAAGAGUGAUUAAAUCAUAAUUAAUCACAUUCAGAUUUAUAUAGAAUGCAGAGAUUAGAGCAGCAAGAAAUGGAUAUAUCACAAAAAAAAAACCAAGGGUAAUUCUGAGCUUGUCUUAUCCUAACCAGUGAUAUAGGCUUUUGGCUUUCAACCUUAGAUUACAUUUAUGUCCGUGUUCCAUCAGCUAUUACUUCACUGUUGUGAGUUGCCCAAAGUUCUCCAAGAGGGCUACAGCUUUUAAAAAUUCCUACCCAGCUGCCAUUGCUUGCUUAUUUUGUGGAAAUCAGACUGAUGUUGGCUGAGAUUCUAGCCGUUAUGCAUAAUGUUCUUCACGUCCUCUCCAUUCCCCUUUCCUUUGUCUGAUUCGUAGUCAGGUCCAGAGAAAAAAGUCAUAACUACAUUUGGUAGAAUUUGUAUCAUCAGAGUUUGGAAAACCUGUAACAGUGCUAUAGUCAUUGUGUUCAAAGCCAAUAUGUUAAAUCUCCAACCCUAAGAGUGUAGUAUGUGACCUGUUCCACUUAGCAUAAAGUAUGAUUUUGAAGAUUCUGCUUGAUACUGCAUAUGCUACUCACUGAGCCAAAGCCAAAUGGUAUGAAUUUACUGAACCUGUGCUAUGGAUUGCUGUGUAAUUGCCUCUUUGAUAUUUGUUUGUUUCUAAUGGAAAAGCCCUGAUAUUGGGGGUGGGUGUGCGUGGGUGGGUGUGCGUGUGUGUCAAGUUAAAAUAAUCCUUAUGCAUUGCAGAUACUUCUCCAAGAUGGGAUAUAUCCCCCCAAAAUCAUAGGAUCAGUUCUCCAGCCUUUCUGUGGUCAGAGCUUCUGUUUACUUUGGUAGUAAUUCUUCAGUAGUAGCCUUUCUGGACUGACUUCUCUUUGUUGACUAUUGCUGGCUGGCAGCAUUUACUAUCUCAUUUCUGUUUUUAAAUCCAUUGUCUUUAUUAUGGAAAAGUGCAGUCUUUCCUCCUUUCUCAGAGAGAAACUGGUCUCAAGUGAGCUUGCAAAAAUCACUGUAAAAUUAAGAUAUGCAUUAAGUAAAAGUCAGAAUUACACAGUAGACCUUACAGAUCUUUAAAGAGGAUUAAUGGGAUUAGCAUUUGGCUGUAGGUAAGGAUGUUCAGUACUGGAGAUAAAGACAUGAUUAAUGGCUAAUAAUAGAAAAUGAUACAUGAAGGACACCCCACCGCCAAUAUUUCUGUUGAAUGUGCUCCCUCGUCUGAAUUUCUCAGAAAGGAUUAUUGUAUUUUUAUAUUCUAGUUGGUACCAGACAUAAUAAGAUACGAUAUGCAGUACACAUUUCAGAUGAAAUGUUAUGGCAGUGUUGAGCCCCAAAGUUUAAUAGAGAAUGCAAGACUAUGUGCAGUGAUUCUGGAAGAAAGUGUGACAGAGAGGAUCCGAUUUUAAUGCAAACUUUGUUUCAGUAUUUAGCUGAUGAAAUAUGAAAGUGGUUGAGAGUAUCUGUUGAGGUUGGUUGACAUUAUUUGUUGCAUGACCUUUCUGAGCACCAACUUCUUCUGACUGUUAGACUGAGUGUAGAAGUGCGGCAUCAUUAACAACACCAAUCUACUCUAUUGUUUCUUUAGAGUCUCAUUUUCAGAAAAUGCUCAGUACAAUGGAAGUAUGUCAGUUUUAAUUCCAUAGUGCAGUUUGAUGCUUUUUGACAGCACACUAAACACAUUCCUCUGUAGGAGGAUUGAAGGUGGCUUCAGCAGCAGUAUGUUGGAUGCAUACUUGAAAAGCAGUCUACUUGCUACACAAUACAAGGCCCGGGUUUUGUGAGCUCCUGAGUUUCAUUAAUUCACCUUUAAAUAAAAGGGACUUGAAAGAACUUGGCACUUCACUAGAGGAAAUACAAAUUUCACAGCCUGCUCUCCUCUGGCACAUCUAGUUAGCUUUUCCUAUUCAUGUGGUUGUCAGUUGCCAAUCAGCCUCCAGUGACUGAAUUGGAGAACAGAAAACAUCCAGAAUUGGCAAGGGAUGGAUAAGAAGUCUUUCAUUUCUAAUUUCUAUGAAACAAUGUAAUAGAGUAUUAAACCUAUUGAAUGUUAUGGCUGUUUGGCUUAUGGAUACACUUGCUUCUGUCUGUUGACAAACUUUUCUGUGUACUUCAUUUGUUUCUGAUGAAAUAAUUUUAGUUUCCCACAGUACUGUGAGUGCAAAUAGAAAUGGGAAUGCAGUGAACUGUAACAUGGCAUGUAAUAAAUGUGUUAUUUUAGUCCUAUGUGUUUUCUUUCUAAUCUGCAUAUAAACACUUGGUUCCAAGAAAUUUAAGUGAUAAUCAAGAAAAUGGCAGGAAACAGAGACUGUCAUUACUUAGACUUAGAUGCUGCAAUCAUUUUUCAAAUCUACCUGGUAAAAGUUCGUUUACUGAUAGCUGGGAUCACAGUACUUGGAGUCAUAUUAUUCUGACCAUUACUGCCUAAACACAUUCUUAAACCUAUUCCUAAUCAGUACUGUAAUUAGACCAGAAUUCAGAAAAGUGUGUGCUUAUGUACUGUCAUAAAGAGUGAUGCUAUCCUGAAUUGAUGCCAUUAACACAUGCUUAAUUUGCACUAAUUUCAAUAAUGAGUGUUCAGUAGCUCAAAUGAUUAAACAUUAAGGAUGUGAGCCAGAGCCUCUUCAGUAACAAGUUUUCUCACUGAAAGAGUGUGACAUAAGAGGAGAAAUUGCCAUAAAGGUGGAGAGGUGGAAAAGUCAGGUGAAACUGCUUUAUACUGCACCUAUCUGAGGCAUCUCCUGAAAUAUAUUUUUCAAAAAAGAGACUUUUCCUUGAUAUUUCUGUAUUAGUGUUCACCACUUGUCUGUUUUAGUAGUGAAUACAUCUCAGUGUGUUAUUUUUAGUAAGGUUGUGCCUAUGACUGUACCUCACUGAUCUUCAGUGCAUGUCUUCCGUGUCUGAAUUAAUCUGUUUUAUGUAGUGGCAGUGCAACCAAAGCAUGAGCUCUGGGUAACGUAUUUUAUAUUCACAUGUUGAUGUGCUUCUAAGGCUUUAACUUUAUCUGGUUUUCUGACAUUCGAAGACAUAGGAUUGUGUAAGACUUUGAAGAAGAAUCACCACCAACAUGGUUUUAAUAAUUUUCUGUUGCUUACUAUGGUAGUAAAAGACUUGUUUAAAAAUGAGGUAUGAACGGUGCUUUGUAAUUUGUGAACACCUUUGAACUUUCAAUUGAAAGCCCAACAGGAGGAGUCUGGAUUUAAAUAUCUGUCUGCCUAAAGUAAGAUAUGUUUUGUUGAAUUGCAUCAGUCAUCAUUGCAGUUUACUGUUUCCACAUACCUGAGAAUUAGUGCAAAUACAUCUAAUUUAAAUUUUUAAAAGUCAUUGUGAAUAUAAUUAUUUUAAUUUAUUGUAGUUUCAGUUACACAUUAAAUGUGAUCUUUUAUGUUUGUGAAAUAAUACUGUAUUUUUUAGUCAUUAUAAUAAAUAUAGAAAAUGGAAACAAAUGUAGACUUCCUCAGCUAAAAAAUACAAGUCCAGAAUUAGAAAGAAUUACUGAGCUUCCAUUCCUGAAAAAACUCAGUGAAUGUCCACAUGUCCCGUUGAAUGUGCUGUGAGGCAGACUGACUCAGGAAGAGGUAGAAUAUUCUUCAGGCUGUAGAAAAGGCCCCUGCAUUGGUUCAUGCUAUGGGCUUCCUACCCAAGUGGAUGAAAGGAAUAGACCUGUCCUUCCUUUUUCAGCUGUCUCCUGCUUCUGCUUCAUUUGUACCAGCAAUAGCGGUUGUAAAGCCAUAUUGCCAGAUGAAUCAAAACCUGGAAAUUUAGCUUUAUUUUACUCUCUUGUAAGUUAAUGUUUCAACCAGGUGUGUGGGAUCAGCUGACUGAACAUACAAGACUAUCACUAAGUUCUAGUCCAAGACAGGUGGUGGGAGCUUGCAUCUGGAGGCAGAAGGAUGGCUUCUUAAUGAUGGAUGUAUUUCAUUCUGUUGAGAAUCUGCACUGAAAGCUGGUGUGGAAGAAAGGGAAAGAUGUGGGGGGAAAGGUUGCUGGGGGCAGUGACUCCAGAAUCCAGUUGCAUGGAUCUGAGUGACUUAUAUUUAGUUAAUAGGUUUCUCACUGGCAUUUGUGAUAAUGCUCUUGAUUCCCCGCAACAUUUUUUUUUUUUUUUAAUAAAACAAAAAAAUUACUAUGAACCUCCUAUACAUUAAU